GUCAUGUCUUGCUCCGGGAUAAGGUGUUCAACACGCCAUUAUUGACGUGAUUGUCACAGUGUUUCACUGUAAUGGCGGGUUGUAAAAUGGCAGAAGGUCAUGGUAGUGGAGAGUGGUCAAACCAUAUCAGCCUGUUGGUCACGGUUCUGCCACAGUAAGGCUGGUUUGGAUGCGGAAUGGGCCGAGUUGGCAAAGAAACAGCUUAAAGGGACUGACCCUGCGAAGCGGCUGAUGUGGAAGACCCCAGAGGGCAUCACGCUCAAGCCUCUCUACACAAUCAAGGAUGUUGAAAAUCUUCUGCAAGAAUUACCCGGCAAGUUUCCCUACACUCGGGGUCCAUAUCCAACCAUGUAUGCCAACCGCCCCUGGACCAUUCGACAAUAUGCAGGCUUCAGUACUGUGGAAGAGAGUAACAAAUUUUAUCGAGAAAACAUUAAGGCUGGACAGCAAGGUUUAUCUGUUGCCUUUGACCUAGCCACUCAUCGAGGGUAUGACUCUGACAAUGCCAGAGUUCAUGGGGAUGUUGGUAUGGCAGGAGUUGCCAUAGAUUCUGUAGAGGACAUGAAAACCUUGUUCAGUGGUAUUCCUUUAGACAAGAUGUCGGUGUCAAUGACCAUGAAUGGUGCUGUUAUCCCAACCAUGGCAAUGUUUAUUGUGGCUGCGGAAGAACAGGGUGUGAAGCAAGAGCUGUUGUCAGGCACAAUUCAAAAUGAUAUCCUGAAGGAAUUCAUGGUGCGCAACACAUACAUAUACCCACCAGCACCGUCUAUGAGGAUUAUUGGAGAUAUCUUCAGCUAUACUGCACAGCACAUGCCUAAGUUCAACAGCAUCAGCAUCAGUGGUUACCACAUGCAGGAGGCUGGUGCUAAUGCUGUGCUGGAGAUGGCUUUUACUCUAGCUGACGGCCUGGAGUACUGCCGCACUGGUCUUUCGGCAGGACUCAACAUUGACCAGUUUGCCCCUCGCCUUUCUUUCUUCUGGGGUGUUGGCAUGAAUUUUUACAUGGAAAUUGCCAAGAUGAGAGCCGCUCGUCGCCUGUGGGCUCGCCUCAUUGAGAGCAAAUUUUCCCCCAAGAGCAACAAAUCUACUAUGUUGAGAACUCACAGUCAGACUUCGGGAUGGUCUCUCACUGAACAGGAUCCAUACAAUAAUAUCAUCCGUACCACAGUUGAAGCGAUGGCUGCUGUUUUUGGUGGUACUCAAUCCCUUCAUACAAACUCAUUUGAUGAAGCACUUGGUUUACCCACCAAAUUUUCUGCACGCAUUGCUCGCAACACACAAAUUAUCUUGCAAGAAGAGACUGGAAUUCCAAAGAUAAUUGACCCAUGGGCUGGCUCGUAUGCUAUGGAGGCUUUAACAAAUGAAGUGUACACAGCAGGAAAGGCUAUUAUUGAUGAAGUAGAAGAUAUGGGUGGUAUGGCAAAAGCUGUAGCAUCUGGGUGGGCAAAGUUGAAGAUUGAAGAAUGUGCUGCUAAAAAACAAGCUAUGAUUGACAGUGGGAAAGAAAUUAUUGUUGGUGUCAAUAAAUACAAGCUGGAAAAAGAAGAGACAGUUGAUGUACUUAUGAUUGACAAUAAUGAGGUUCGAAGCACCCAGGUGGAGAAAUUAAGAAAGAUAAGGGCUUCUCGAGAUACUUCAAGAGUUGAAGAAGCUUUGGCAGUGCUGGAGGCAGCAGCACGAGGGGAGGGUAACUUGCUGGCCGCUGCAGUGGAGGCUGCUCGAGCACGUGCUUCUCUGGGAGAAAUCUCCAAAGCCAUGGAAAAUGUAUUUGGUCGGCAUGUUGCCUCGGACAGGUUGGUGUCAGGUGCAUACAAAACAGAAUUCGGUGAUCAACACGAGCUUGAAGCAGUGACAGCCAAGAUUAAUGAGUUUGUUGAAGUUGAAGGCCGCCGCCCAAGAAUCCUGGUUGCAAAGAUGGGCCAGGAUGGCCAUGAUCGCGGGGCUAAAGUGAUCGCCACUGGGUUUGCUGACCUCGGAUUUGACGUUGACGUUGGACCAUUGUUUCAGACUGCAGCAGAGGUAGCCCAGCAGGCAGUGGAUGCUGACGUGCAUGUGGUGGGAGCUUCAUCCCUUGCUGCAGGUCAUCGUACUUUGGUGCCUGAGUUGGUGCAAGCCUUGACUGACCUCGGGAGACCUGAUAUACUGGUCAUUGCUGGAGGCGUCAUUCCUCCACAGGAUUAUGACUUUCUACGCAAGGCUGGUGUAGCUGCCAUCUUUGGUCCAGGAACACGCAUCCCUGUCGCGGCCCUCGAUGUGUUGAACCUCAUCACCAUUUCCCUACAGAAACGAGCAGCAGCCAAUUAAACCUGUGAAGAAGCAAAAUCAAGAAUGAAUACACACAUUUUCUCCAUUUCUUGCAUUGUAAUUAUGUACAGUAUAUAUCAUUAUAUUAAGCCAAAUUUCCAAUCCUCCCCAGUAUUUGAAGUAGGUUUUACAAAUACCUAGUAAACCUUGAUUUAAUGGACCUCUGAAAUACAGGACAAAUUCUUCAGGGUCAUUUGAUUCAGAAACAAUGGAUAGAUUCUGUUGUUAAAGAAUUGUUUGUUAUUGCUACUAUGACAGCAAAACAGUUUCAUCUCUAUAAACCACAGCUGCCAUACCUGGUCACCCACUUUUCCCCCUUCCCCCAACAGUCCCUUAAUUCAAGGUUUUACUAUUCUUAUUUGUACGUGUUUGCAUCAUACACAGAUUAUAAAAUAGUGAUGUGAUUCUGUAUUACAUUAAUGAAGUCAAAUUUAAAACAGUUUGUUUGCAUUAUAGGGGAGUGCAGAGAUACAUCAGACACUUCUUAAAAGAAUACUUGAGAAUAUUUAGGUUGUACAGGCAAUCUCUUGUAAAUUGUAGUAGUCCAGAUAUGUACAUGUAUCUUGGUUAUUUUAUCUGUGAUGUACGUAAUAAUUUUUAAUAACUAAACUUCACUUGAUCAGAGUAUAUCACCAUGCACAAAUUAUAUGUGGUGUGGAUAUUUUGGACAAGUUUCCUAGGAAUUAGGUUUAUUGGCAAAUAAAAGACCUUGCAAUUAACAGAUUUUGGAAAUACGGAACAAAAUCCACUGUGUCAACUGAUGAAGUGAGUUAGUCAAAGAAUUGACCAUUUUUAUUAUAAUUAUGGUAAAAUAAUGAUAUUUCUAUAUACUACAUGUGCCAUUGCUGGUCACCCACUUUUCCCUAUUAGUCAGUAAAUCAAUGAUAUGCUGCAUUUGGUUGUGUCAUAGUAUGGGCAUAUUAUUUUUUAACACACUGGGUGUGUCCCACCGAGGCAGGGUGACCCAAAAAGAAAGAAAAUCCCCAAAAAGAAAAUUCAUCAUCAUUCAACACUUUCACCUCACUCACACAUAAUCACUGUUUUUCGAGAGGUGCUCAGAACACAACAUAUCCCUCCAAACUGCUAAUAUCCCGAAACCCCUCCUUUAGAGUACAGGCAUUGUACUUCCCAUUUCCAGGACUCAAGUCUGGCUAUAUAAAAAUAACUGGUUUCCCUGAAUCCCUUUACUAAAUAUUACCCUGCUCACACUCCAACAGAUUGUCAGGUCCCAAAUACCAUUCGUCUCCAUUCACUCCUAUCGAACACGCUCAUGCACACCUGCUGGAAGUCCAAGCCCCUCGCCCACAAAACCUCCCUUACCCCUUCUUUCCAACCUUAUCGAGGACGACCCCUACCCCGCCUUUCUUCCCCUACAGAUUUUAAUGCUUUCCAUGUCAUUCUACUUUGAUCCAUUCUCUCUAAAUGACCAAACCACCUCAACAACCCCUCGUCAGCCCUCUGACUAAUACUUUUAUUGAUGCAUUUUUUUUUUUCAACAAGUUGGCCAUCUCCCACCGAGGCAGGGUGACCCAAAGAUAAAGAAAAUCCCCAAAAAGAAAAAAAACUUUCAUCAUUCAACACUUUCACCUCACUCACACAUAAUCACUGUUUUUGCAGAGGUGCCCAGAAUACAACAGUUUAGAAGUAUAUACAUAUAAAAACACAACAUAUCUCUCCAAACUGCCAGUAUCCCAAACCCCUCCUUUAGAGUGCAGGCAUUGUACUUUCCAUUUCCAGGACUCAAGUCUGGUUAUAUAAAAUAACCGGUUUCCCUGAAUCCCUUCACUAAAUAUUACCCUGCUCACACUCCAACAGAUCGUCAGGUCCCAAAUACCAUUUGUCUCCAUUCACUCCUAUCUAACACGCUCACGGAUGCUUGCUGGAAGUCCAAACCCUUUGCCCACAACACCUCCUUUACCCCAUCUCUCCAACCUUUUCGAGGACGACCCCUACCCGCCUUCCUUCCCCUGCAGAUUUAUACGCUCUCCAUGUCAUUCUACAUUGAUCCAUUAUCUCUAAAUGACCAAACCACCUCAACAAACCCUCUUCAGCCCUCUGACUAAUACUUUUAUUAACUCCACGCUUUCUCCUAAUUUCCACACUCCGAAUUUUCUGCAUAUUUACACCACACAUUGCCCUUAGACAGGACAUCUCCACUGCCUCCAACCGCCUCCUCGCUGCAGCAUUUACAACCCAAGCUUCACACCCAUAUAAGAGUGUUGGUACUACUAUACUUUCAUACAAUCCCUUCUUUGCCUCCAUCGAUAACAUUUUUUGCCUCCACAUAUACCUCAAUGCACCACUCACCUUUUUUCCUUCAUCAAUUCUAUGAUUAACCUCAUCCUUCAUAAAUUCAUCCGCUGACACGUCAACUCCCAAGUACAGUGGACCCCCGCUUUACGAUCAGCUCGCAAUGAGACCAAUUAUGUAAGUGUAUUUAUGUAAGUGCGUUUGUACAUGUAUGUUUGGGGGUCUGAAAUGGACUAAUCUAAUUCACAAUAUUCCGUAUGGGAACAAAUUCGUUCAGCACUGGCACCUGAACAUACUUCUGGAAUGAAAUAUCGUAAACCGGGGGUCCACUGUAUCUGAAAACAUUCACUUCUUCCAUAUUACUCCUCCCCAAUUUGAUAUCCAAUUUUUCUUUAAAUCAUUUGAUACUCUCAUCACCUUACUCUUUUCUAUGUUCACUUUCAACUUUCUACCUUUACACAUUCCCAAAUUCGUCCACUAACCUUUGCAAUUUUUCUUUAGAAUCUCCCAUAAGCACAGUAUCAUCAGCAAAAAGUAACUGUCACUUCCCAUUUUGUAUUUAAUUCCCCAUAAUUUAAUCCCACCCCUCUCCCAUUCCAUGACAAAAAAAAUUCAAGAUAGAAAUUGCCAAAUGUAUGUUGAUAGUGCUUUUGUAUUUGCCAGUUUUUUACAAUUAGACUUUUAUAAAGUUAUUCUGUAUACCAGUAGUGCAAGUGUUUCACAAAUGCAAUUGAAAAAGACCUCUGCAUAUUGUACAACAAACAAAUAUGAAUGAAGAGAGAUUAGAAAUAGAAAUUGGAAUGUGAUUAAUGCGAAAAUGAAUUUAAGUUCAAAUUGAAUAAAUUCUGUUUUGAAACAGAGUAAAUCCAUAGAUUUAAUGUACAGUACUAAUAGAGGGGAAGCAAGUGGCCAGUAAUGGCUACUAUGGUGGAUAAAGACAAAAUUCUUUUGCCGUGAUCAUAACAUUGACAGUUGUGUAACUAAUGAAGUCUGUUGUUUCAGAAUCAGUUGACCAAGCAAAUUUUGUCUUGUUUCUGAAGUCCAUUAAACUGAAGGUUUACUUUACAACACUGACAUUAAAUACAGUUAUUUCUUCAAUAUCAAUUACUUUUUAAGUUUAACAUGAUUAAGUUGCCUGAAAAUAUGAUUAUUAAAUGUAAUAAUAAAAUAAGUAACAAAGCUCAGUAUAGUAUAUUAAAAGAAUUAUUAUUAUAAUCAUGGGGGAGAGCUAAACCUGUAGGAUUAUACAGGGUAUUACAAUUUUGGUUGUAAUAAUUGCUAGGGAGUACAAAAAAUAUUGACUUUUGAGUGGGAGUGUGUUGUUUGGAGCUUGACUGAGGGAUUAUUCUCAUAGCAGAUUUUUAAGUUAUGAUUGGUUUUAAGUAAUUUGCUGUUGUAGAUCACCAUGCACUAUACCACAAGUAUGAUUAAAGAUUUCGUGAUGCUGAUAGGUACAUCGGCCUUUUGACCUAUCCUUCUGUCCAUACUAUCACUGCUUUCCUCUUAAGUUUUUGAGUUGGGAAUAUUUUAGAGCUAAAAUGUGAUACUUGUUUAUGUAUUAGAAUUAGGUGAUAUUUGAGUGAACCGGGCUAAAAUAAAGAAUUAUCAGUACUCUACUUGCAGCUUUUUUGACAAAAGAUAACUGGACAGCUGAAACAAGAAACAGAAAUAGUACUUGGUUGUUUGUAAGUGUUGAGAUCCCUACUUGUAUAUUAAAGGUAAAAUAUAUUGAUAACUGUGUAAAUAAGACAGUAUGUGAUUUAUGGCAUACGUAUAUCAGGAAGACAUUCCAUCCACACUAAUUUAUGAUAUACUGUACUAAGAUUUAUAUAUUGUAUUCAUGCUUGGUUUCUUAUAUUUGUAUGGAUUGGUAGUCUUUUCAGUAAAUGCCAUAAACAGCGUAUGUCUUAUUCAGAUCCCCAUUUGUUUCACUUAUGACUGGCUCGUGCACCAGUUUCAUCUAAUUUAUCUGGCAAUUCAGUCAGGCUGAUAAGUGUGAUAAAACAAUUUACCAAAAUAAUCUUAAGCUACUGAAAACAAAUAAUAUUAGUUUACAAGCCUGUGCUGGUUCCCUAAAUGUAAAAGGUUAGAUAUUUAAUGUAUUUAUGAUAUUGCUUAGUUAACUUAACAUAGCAAAAAAAAUAAACAUAUUAGUAAUAAAUCUCGGCUUGCACUUAUAGCAUUUCACAUACUUUAAUAUGUAUAUAGGCUUGGUAUAUGCAUUAAUAUUAACUUGGAUGUUCAUAUAGGAACAGUAUAUAUAUGCAGAAGUAAAUACUUGAAAAUAUACAAAUUAUUCCUGAUAAUGUAUUAACGAAUGAAAUGCUCAGAUUUAUUGUAUGGUUAAAUCUGCAUUAUAUGAUUUUGUGUGCUUACUGUAUAUAAUAUAUUUAUAUAUACGUAGUGUAAUUCAUGAAUUUAGUGUAUAUAAAACAAAAUAUUUUGGAAUAAA